AUGAUGAUGAUGAUGAUGAUAAUGGCUGGCCGUGUGCUGCUGGUGUGUGCCCUCUGCGUUCUGUGGUGCAGUGCCUGCAGUGGUGGACGUUCUGAAAAACCUCAAGUUCCUCCGGCUUCUUCGUCCGUUUAUGAGAAUGGUCCUAAAACCGACAAUUCCAGAGGUGGCGCUGGUGGAGGUCCCCAAAGCGGUCAAUUGGCAGAGUUACAACCAGAAGGAGUAUUGGUGCGAGGCGCAACCGGAGUGGGUACGGCAACACAACCCGACGCACAAGUAUCACCAGGAGCGCCAGACGCAGAGAGGAGAAAUCCGGAUCAAACGCAAGAAUCUGGAGAUGUUGUUGGAACGGAUGACGAGCAGGAACCGAAAGAGGAGGAAGAAGAAGACUACGGGAUUGAGCAGGUAGAAGACGAGGAAGAAGAGGAAGAACAGGAAGAAGAAAAGAUUGAGCAAGAAAAUGAGAAACGAGAAGAAGAAAGCCGAGGAGAAGAAAAGAAGGAUGAAGAAGAAAAACGUGACGGUAAGAAGGAAGAAGAGGAGGAAAAGAAGGAAGACGCUGCUACCGGCACCACAGAGGAGAUGCCAGCACGCACUGAAGAGCAGCCGAGUUUAUCUUCUGGUGCGGCGGGAGCAUCGAAUAUAACAAAUACCAACAGCACACCAACAACUGGAGACGAUGAUCCAGCAGCUGAUGGUGCAGGGACAGCAGAGGGAAAACAAAAUGAAAAUAAAGAUGCCAAUCCGAAAGAAACACCAUUCGAAGCCACAGCCAUGAAAACUACAACGACGACGACUGGCGACAGUGACGGCAGCACCGCGGUCUCCCACACCACCUCCCCUCUUUUGCUUCUUCUUGUUGUUGCGUGUGCGGCUGCUGCUGCGGUGGUGGCCGCGUGA